AUGUCUAAAAUGGUGACAAGAUCAAAAGGGAAUCCAACAACUUCAACAACAAUGAAAAGUGGAAAUCCAAAGAGAAAUACAACAAAGAAAAUAAUGAGUGAUGAGGAAGAGGAAUAUAGUAGUAGCAGUAGUGAUGGUUACUCGUCUUCCUCUGAUGCGUCGUCGUCAUCAUCGGAAUCGGAAAAUUCAUCUUCCGACGAAUCAUCAAACAAAAAGACAAAUAACAAAGCUACUACUACCGCAACCAAUGUAAAUCCAAAAAGAAGAGUAGCAUCUACUCUUCCAAAUAAACAACAAGCAGCAUUGGAAUUAUUGGCAUCAAAGAAACGUGACCGACAAACUAUUAAACAAGAGGAUAAAGAGACUGCUGCUGCUUCUGCCGCUACUACUUCCUCCACAUCAUCAUCAACAUCAACAUCGACAACAAGUACAAGUUCUUCUACUACCACCGCAUUAUCAAAAAGAGGAGGUAGAGGAGGAUCAAGUGCUGCAACAAGAGGACGUGGACGUCCAAGAAAAACUGCUCCCAAAAAACAAGAGAGCAGUAGCGAAGAGGAAAUAUCAGAUAUAUCAGAUUAUGGAUCCGAUGCAUCAUCAUCAAGUGGUGGUGAAAGUGAAGCAGAACAAGAAGAGGUGGUCAAGAAAAGAGUUCAACCUGCUAGAAAAGCAAAACCAAAUAUCAUCACCAAAAAACAACAAGAAUCAGAAUCUGAACAAGAUAAUAGCGAAGAAUCAGAAGAAGAAGAAGAAAAUAGUGAAGAAGAAAUGGAAAUUGAUGAAGAAGAAGAUGAUGAAGGAAAAAGUGGUAAAAAUAUAGAUCUAAAGUUAAAAUCUAUUGAUAGUCGUUUAAAGAUUGAAUUUUCAGUGGAAAAGGUUGUUGAUGCUCGUGAACAAGUAUCAGCUGAUAGUGGCGAAGCCAAGGUACCAGAGGCAUUGGUGAAAUGGCACGGAUUGGCAUUUAUCCAUUGUUCAUGGGUCGAGAUUGCCAAACUAUCACAGACAAAGAGUGGAAAAGCACGUCUACAACGAUUCUUCAAGACACAUACAAUCGAGGAUGGUGUCAGCCAAGACGAGAAGUUGGCCUACCAAGAGCUGAUGCAAUGCGAGCGAAUCCUCACCGACUCCAAGGCUGAAUCCAUCAGAAAGGGAACGGCGUUCAAUUCAACGCAUCCGCUACUGUACCUGGUCAAGUGGAAGGGUGAGAGCUACGCACGUUGCACAUGGGAGACUGCCGAGGAGUUGGCCGACGACAAGGCACUCCAAGACUACCGUACACGCAACCAAUACCCAAGUGAAAAAGAGUUGACCGAGAAGGAACGUCCUCCAGCAUCCGCAUGGAAAGAGUCGGCCGAGUCACCAAGCUAUUUUAAGAAUGGCAACAAGUUACGUCCCUACCAACUAGAAGGUUUGAAUUGGUUGUCGUUUUGUUGGCAUCAACGUAGAAACUCAAUGCUCGGUGAUGAAAUGGGUCUUGGAAAGACAGUCCAAAGUGUAUCGAUCAUCGAGACACUCCGUUCUGUACAUGGUAUUAGAGGUCCGUUCCUUUGUAUCGCUCCACUCACAACUAUCCCACAUUGGAAGCGUGAGUUUGAAGCAUGGACCACUCAAUCUGUACUAGUGUACCAUGACACGGGUGAUGCACGUCAAACUAUUCGUGACCACGAGUUCUUUUACCCAACUGCCAACAACAAAAAGAACAAUAAUGUAACAAAGUUUAAUACACUUAUUACAACCUAUGAAAUGAUUAUUAGUGAUCGUUCAUUCCUCUCCAAGAUCAAUUGGAAGUAUGUUGUCAUUGAUGAAGCUCAUCGUCUCAAGAACAAGAGUUGUCGUCUGACCAAUGAACUGCGUACCUACAACUAUGGCCACUUGCUCUUGCUCACCGGUACACCCAUCCAAAACAACACCCAAGAGUUGUGGUCGUUGUUGAAUUUCUUGCAACCCGAGAAAUUUGCAUCGUGCGACGAGUUUUUGGUCGAGUUUGGCGAUCUCAAGCAGGCGGAACAAGUCACCAAGUUGCAGGCUGUCCUCAAACCAUACAUCCUCCGUCGUAUGAAGGAGAAUGUCGAGAAAUCGAUUGCGCCCAAGGAAGAAACCAUCGUCGAGGUGGAGCUGACCACCGUGCAGAAAAAGUACUACCGUGCCAUCUAUGAAAAGAACUUUUCGUUCCUCCGCAAGGGUGGUAAGGGUCCAAGUCUCCUAAACAUCAUGAUGGAGCUGCGCAAGUGCUGCAAUCACCCCUAUCUCAUCAAGGGUGCCGAAAAGUCAGAGAUGGCAGACCUCCAAAUCAAGAAUGGCGUCACUGCUGCUGGUAAGAGUGCCCAAGACGCCGUCUAUGAACGUCUUAUCCAAAGUUCUGGCAAGUUGGUCCUCGUUGACAAACUACUACCAAAGUUGAGAGCCGGUGGACACAAGGUACUCAUCUUUUCACAAAUGGUGAUGGUCCUCGACAUUUUGGACGACUAUCUCACCUAUCGUGGAUACCCACACGAACGUAUCGAUGGUUCCAUCAAAGGAAAUGACCGUCAAGCUGCCAUUGACCGUUUCUCUAAAAAAGGUAGUGACAGUUUUGUCUUUUUAUUGUGUACCAAGGCCGGUGGUAUCGGUAUCAAUUUGACAGCUGCCGACACUGUCAUUAUUUUCGAUAGUGAUUGGAAUCCACAAAACGAUCUCCAAGCUCAAGCUCGUUGUCAUCGUAUCGGUCAAGAUAAAAUGGUCAAAGUUUAUCGUUUGGUCACUAGAAACACUUAUGAAAAGAUCAUGUUUGAUCGUGCCUCUAAAAAACUUUCACUCGACAAGGUAGUCUUGACCAAAAUGAACAAUUCUUCAAAUAUUCCUCAAGAAGGUGAAGAAAAUCCUGAUAAAGAAACUAUUGAUAGUUUAUUACGUUAUGGUGUUUAUGCUAUAAAGGAUGAUGAAGGAGCAAGUGAAAGAUUUUAUGAAGAAGAUAUUGAUAGAAUUUUAGAUAGAAGUACAGUUGUUAAACAAGAAGAUUUCGAUCCAUUGGCCAAUUCAUUUUCAACUGCUAGUUUUUGUUCAUCAACUAGUACCAAGGAUAUUGAUGUCAUGGAUCCAGAUUUCUGGGACAAGUUUGUACCAGAAUUGGAUACUGCAGGUGAUGACCUAUUGUUGAUGCCACGUACUAGAAAGAAUGUUCAAAGAUUUGGUUUGGUUGGUGUUGAAGAUCUAUCAAGUGAUUCAGAGCAAUCAGAUUAUGAACCAGAUGAUGAAGAGACCAAUUCAUCUUCUACCACCACCCCCACCACUGCCAAUGGUGGAGAGAAACCAGAAAAGGUUGAAAAGAAAAAGGGUGGAUGGUCAAAGAGUGAUCGUAACCGUUUCAAGGCAUCGCUGUUUGUUUUUGGUAGUGGUCGUUGGGACCUCAUCAAAGAGGUUGCUGGUCUCCCUGAUUACUCGGUCGAACAAAUCAAACAAUAUGGUGAAGCAUUUGUACUGAAAUGUUUGGAAUGGGAGGAAAUUGAAAAGGAAAAAGAAAAGGAAGAAGAAAAGGCUGAAAAGGAAAAAGCUGAAAAGGAAAAGUCAGGAGACAAACCCACAAGUAAAACUUCUAAAAAGCCUGUUGACCCAAUCCCAACUAAACCAUUUACAUUGACCGUUGUACCAGAAUUCCUCAAUUCCUAUGUCGAUUGUUAUGAAGAAGAUGUUUUCACAACUUAUAACAAACCAAUUCCAGAGGAUGGAUGUGCUGGUAGUGGGUCAACCAAGUUUACUAGUACAGAUAUUGUUGCAACCUACUCUAAUCCAUACAUUAAAGAUUCAUCAUUGGUCGAUGUUAGAUUUGGUGAAUAUUUGGCUAGAAACUGUAAGAGAAUUGUUCAAUCACUCACUACAAUGGGUUUGUUGGCUCAUGUUCUCAGACUUGGUUAUGACAAGAUUGUCAAUGCUGUUGGCGGUCUUCCAGACACACCAGCUCCUUGGUGGAAGUUUGACGAGGAUAAUGAUUUCCUUGUAGGUAUCUAUCGUUAUGGUACUGGUGAAUACGAUCGUAUUCGUGAAGAUCCAACUCUAUGUUUCUUUAAACACAAGUAUGCCGUUCAACAACUAAAGGAUGAUGAAAACACAACCAUUGACGAACAGACCAAGAGUACUACUACUACAACAACAACCGCUGUUACCAACGGUACUGCUCCUGCUGGAGACUUACGUGUAUGGCCAUCUGCCAAAGUAUUGGGUCACCGUUUCAAGAGAAUGUUGAGAACGUUAGAAUCUUACAAUAGACAUCUCGUCAAGCUCCAAGAAACGGGUGGUGUAGACAAGCCUGGUAGUGCAGUAGUGAUCAAGAAGCCAUAUGCACAAGGCGGUAAAAAGAAGAUGGCCGAGCUAAAGGCCGAUUGGACAAAGAGAGAAAAAGCCGAUUUCUACAAAUAUGUCACUCUGUUUGGUGUCAUUGAAUUGGAGAGUGGCGAGUUUUCAUGGGACUUGAUCAAGGACAAGGCCAGUCUACGUAGAAAGUCAUCAGAACACAUCGAACGUUACUAUCACGAAGUCUUGACCAAAUGCCAAGAAAAGAUUGAAGGUGAUAAGUCUGGUGGCGGUCUUGGAAGCAGUUCAAAUGGUAUUGAUUUGAAAUCAAGUUCAAAUCAACUCGGAACUGCUGGCAACGAUGAAGGUGGUGGUGAGUUGACCAUUCAACAAUGCAAGAGAUUGGUGAGUCGUGUCAUCUUUUUCAGACGACUACGUCAGACUCUCAAGGCUGAGAAUCUCAGAGAGGUUGCUACGGGAUACACGACGAUGACUGGAUUGCCAAGCUGGUGGAUCGCCGGUGAACACGAUAUCGCCUUGCUCCACGGUUUGGAUAAGCAUGGAUUCACCUCUUACGACGAUCUCUGCUACGACAAGGAAUUCCCAUUCUAUGCAAUCUACAAGAUUAAAGCCAAGCAACGCAACAUUGAUGUUUCAAUGGAUAUGAGUGAUGAAAUGCCACAGACAGCACAUCAACAACAACAAAACAACGAAGAUGCAGAAAAUCUUGACAAGAUCCAAACUGACGACGAUGAGAAUGGUCCGUCAGUCACCCCCAGAUCAUCAACCACCACUGCCUCUGCCUCUGCUGCCAAUGCUGCCACCGGCCAACCUCCCAACCAAAACGGUAAUGGACUGAGUGCAUCAACCAAUGGAGUUGCUGUUCAAGCUGGCGAAGGUCUAGACAAGAGAAAGAAAAAGGAACAAAUCUUGACUGUCCUCAACUUCCCCAAGGAAAAGGUUGUCACCAAGAGAAUUGAAACCAUUGUAGAUUUGGUACUUAGUGGGCCUAAAAAAGGUAAAGGACAACUUCAGUUUCAAUCCCAACAACAACAACAACAACAAAGGUCAGUCUCUCCAAACCCUAAUCAAACGGUACAACAAUCAAACUCAACACAUAUAAAUGGAAAUGGUAAACAUCACAAAUCCUCUUCACGCCAAACAUCAAACUCUGUUUUUGACAAGAAACAAAAACAAAUCACCGAUUUUUUCUCUACGACCAUUGGUAAUAAUAGUAGUAUUGACAAUGGAUCGCUACAACCCUUAUUCCAAAAACUAAAUAACCAUACCAAUGGUGGUACUACCAAAGACAAGGUCAAACAUUUGAAUCUUUUAUUGAAAUCUGAUGAUAAAUCAAAUUCCUCUACGACUCAAAAGACUAGUUCACAUCACUCCUCCUCCUCGUCUCAUCAUAGUAGUAGUAGUAGCAGCAAUGGUACAAAGAAAUCUUCUUCUUCAUCCUCUUCAUCCUCUUCAUCAUCAUCACAAAAACAAGCAAGAAAGAGAACCAAGAGAAGUCAUCAUGAUAAUGAACCACCAACUCAUGAAGCCAGAAUUAUUCUCUCUGAAGAAGACGAAGACGAAAUUCCAAGUUGGGUUUUAAAUGGUAACGGACAACAAAUGGAAGGAUUCAGUGAUAGUGACGAUGAUACUCCAAUGAAGGAUAUUACUUUAUCAAUUAAUAACAAUAACAAUAAGAACAACGGUAACUUGCUUCCACCAAUUUCGGAAUUAUAA